AUGCUCUCCCUCUCUGUAGCAGUCCUCCUUUUGCCCGUCCUCACCUCCUCUGCUGCCCUCUCCCAACGCACUACAACCCUCAUCCCAAAAACCUGCUUCGAUUCCACUUCCGCCCUCGAACAAUACUUCACCUACAAUUACCCAUGGGGUGGUAACACACACAACGGUGGCGCGCGAAUGGACUCUGCUCAUGUCUCAAUAUCUUCCUCCACUCUCACUCUCACAGCGCAAAAAGUCUCCGGCCAACCCUCUACAACACACGGCGGCAAAACCAUUCCAAUAAAUUACCUCUCCGGCGCCGUCGGCGCAAAACAACACUUCACCGUUCCGAAAGGUGGCGGUUUGUCCUUCAGCGCCUCCCUCAAAGCCACCACAACAAAAGGGACAUGGCCCGCGUUCUGGCUGACCGCGGUCAAUGGCUGGCCGCCGGAAGUUGAUAUGGCUGAGUGGAAGGGGAGUGGGAAGAUCAGUUUCAAUACAUUUAAUACAAGUAGUGUGUUGAGUUGGAAGGAUGUGACGUAUAGUAGCCCGGAGAGCUUUCAUGAAAUUCGGUGUGAGUUGAGAGAUGUGAAUGGGAAGGAUGUGCAGGUUAAGUUUUGGAUGGAUGGGGCGUUGCAGGCGACCCAUGUGGGUGGGGGGUAUACUGGGCAGCCGUUGUAUUUGGUUAUUAAUCUUCAGAUGGAGGGGUCAAGCGGGAGUCCAGGACCUUCUGGGAAUACGACGUAUUCGAUUAAGAACCUCGAGGUAACGACACUGUGA